AUGCCUCCCAAACGUAUGCCAAAGGUUUACAUAGUCCGGCACGGCGAAACUGAGUGGUCACUGAAUGGGCGGCAUACGGGCACUACCGACCUCCCCUUGACCGCUAAUGGCGAAGCUACUAUCCUCAAGCUGGGUGAAAAAGUUGCCGGCCCUGGGAAAUUGCUCGACCCCUCCCUAAUCAGCACCACCCUCGUCUCUCCCCGCCUGCGUGCUCAACGCACCUUCGCCCUGCUCUUCUCCUCCUCCCCCUCCAAGCCCUCCGCAACAACAGACCAACGAGUGCGGGAAUGGACAUACGGGGACUACGAGGGCUUCUAUGCCUGGCAGGCCGCUGCUUCCCGUGCUGAGAGGGGGAUCCCUUCUGGCGAAGAUGGCUGGGACAUCUGGGUCGAUGGGUGUGAGGGGGGCGAGAGCGCACAGGAGAUGUCAGACCGGGCGGACGAGGUCGUGCGCGCUGUCAAGGACUCGCAUAAGGCGUGGUAUGAGAGCCCGGAGAGGGAGGAAGGGGAUGUAGGCGGAGACGUGCUCAUCGUUAGUCAUGGGCAUUUUUCUCGCUGCUUUUUGACUAGGUGGCUUGGUUUGCCCCUCAAGGCGGGCCAGCUGUUCGUCCUUGAUACGGGAGGGGUCUGUGUCGGCCAGUAUUAUCAUGGGUUAGACAAGACGUCGCUGGGGGCGAUGAACCUUGGGCUCAUUUAG